CACAGGGCACAAAUAAACGCGUACAAACCCCGUGCGAAUAAGUGUUUAUACGAUCACAUGUUCAGUUGGCAGCCCUGAUAUCGGAUCUUAAUUUUUACAGAAGCACAAUUCAGCAAAAUGGGAAGUAGUGAGGGCCAACAAACCUUCUGCCUAAAAUGGAACCAUCACAAGACCAAUCUGGUAGAGAUAUUAGAAGCUUUAAUAAAAGUCGAGACAUACGUCGACUGCACCCUGGUAGUGGAUGAUCAGGUCACCUUCAAAGCUCACAGAGUGGUACUAGCUGCCAAUUCACCUUAUUUCCAAUCAAUAUUGGCCGAUGUACCCAUGGACCAUUGCAGCAUACUUUUCCCAGGCGUUAAAGAUUUCGAGAUGCGCGCUCUCCUCGAAUAUAUGUACACAGGCGAAGUGAAUGUGACCCAAGCUCAUAUUCCCCGCAUCAUGAAGGUCGCCGAACAGCUGGAGGUGAAGGGCCUGUUCGAUAUGACAGAGUUAAGACGCCGGCCCGGCAGCAGCGAGCGCACACCGGCUGCAUCGCCCCCGCGUGUUGUACCAGCCGCGCCAUCUAGCGUGUCACCGCCCGUACCAAUUAAUCGCUGGCCGCCGCCCGCGCCCCUGCUGUCUGCAGCCUACGAUUCCGCCGACAUGAACCCGUUGAAACGUAAAAAGUUAUCUAGCAUGUUGGCCACUCGUGAUACACCAAUCCUAAGAAACGUCCUCGCUCAAAAUACCUCCGUGGACUCCUCACAACCUAUCUCUUUAGUAUGCCACCCUGUUGUUAAGCAGGAGCCUCCUCGCUGGCAUUCCAACGGCUCGGCGAAUGAAUCAGAGCGACCCCCAAGUCCCCAGCGUCCCUUCGAACACCGCCCACGAAGAUUAUCAUCACCCCACUACAACCGCUCAUAUCAUUCUGAAGACGCGCAUUCUCCAUACACUGAGCGUUCUUUUGAAGAGGAAAACACUCGCUCAUUUCAUCCUUCAUCUCCACCUACAAGCAUGCAACCAGAUGUUAGAGCCGGCUUAGCACCAUACGUUCCACCUCAACAAAAACCGGAAUGGAAACGUUACAAGCAAUACACAAGAUCGGAUAUCAUGUCAGCGAUUGAAUGCGUUAGAAAUGGUAUGAGUGCUCUGCAAGCUUCGCGUAAAUACGGCGUGCCAUCACGCACCCUUUACGAUAAAGUGAAAAAACUAGGAAUCACUACAAGUCGACCAAUGAGUCGGGGCAUAAAACGAGAGUCCAACGGCGCCGCUUUCCCUUACGGCUUGAGCGGAACGGGAGGUAAUGAUGAGCACACACCCUCCAAUCCAUUGAUUGACCCGUCAUUUUUACAACAAGCUUUAGAAGGGGCGACGAGGGACGGGGGCAGAGAAGCCUUACACGCAAUGGCGUUGGCCGCAGCCGCCCACGCCGCUCUGACCCCUCGCACGCCGCCGCGUUCUAGACCACAGUCGCCACGGUCCCCGGCUCACGACGAUGACCACGUCGAAGACCUUUCGGUAGCACGACGUCGCGAUCCCGAUCCACCGUCUGGUGUGAUUGUGCCUCCUCGUAACUUCGCCCUCGACUGCAGUGAACGGGAUUAAGCGGCACUCAAUGUAAAUGACUUGACAAGACUGAUAUAGGCGUACAAAGUUAGAUAAGGCCCUUAUUAGACAUAACUGGUAGGCCGCGUCGUGCGCGCGAAAGCCACGUAGACCGAGCGCUCCGGCCGGGCGAUUGCAAUGGGCCCCGUGGCCACAUACUUAUCUUCUACCUCUUUUCUUUUCUAUUUAUUUUCCAGCGCCAUACUGCCCGAUGACGAAAUCAAAUUUCCGUUGGAUGGCAUGACAUGGCGGUGUCUUGUGAUUUUAUUUUUGUUUUCUUCUUUUUUUUGUUUUUAACAUUUGUCUCUGUUAAUAGAAUAAUCGAUAAGUUAGAUAUAUGUGUAAUGUUAGGUGACGUAGAGCGGCAACCGUUAAAGGUAGACUUGGAUGCGCCGGCGCCGGUAGGCACCUCUGGAAGGUCCACCUAGACGAGUUAUUGUGCAAUUUGUUGUCCGCGACUGUGAUGUUUAUAGACUGAAAUACCGCCAUUACCUCACGCUCGCUAUAGUUUUGACUCUAGUCUGCACCGCACGUUGCAAACCCCGGUUUUAUAAACCAUAGAUAUCAAAUAUUAUCUGAUGACGCCCAUCGUCCGAUUAGCGAUGCAACUGUUUGGUUACAUUUUCAUUACAAUUGUUCAUAGUUUUA